GCGCAACGCGGAGUAGAGUCGAGCGGGACGAGACCGCGCAACCCUGCUCUCGCGUCCACCGGCCCCGUGUCCGAACUCCUCAAGCCCCGCCAUGGCCACCGCUGCCCCCGCGACCAGUGCCACCACCAGCAGCGAAGUCAAGUUUGACGAAGAACACGAACUUCGUGAGGCAUGCGGAGUGUUUGGCUGCAUCGCGAGCGGCGAGUGGCCCACCAACUUAGACGUCAGUCACAUCAUCUGCCUGGGUCUGGUGGCGCUCCAGCACAGGGGACAAGAAAGCGCAGGCAUCGUGACGAGCCAAGGAGAAAGCCUCAAGAAGUUUGCGGUUCAUCGAGGCAUGGGCCUCGUGAGUAAUGUAUUCAAUGAAGACUCCAUGACAAAGCUUAAGGGAAACCUCGGCGUGGGACACACACGCUACUCCACGACGGGCGGCUCGGAACACGAGCUGGCGCAACCCUUUGUGGUGCACACCAACCACGGCCUGCUAGCCAUUGCACACAACGGAGAACUUGUCAAUGCCAUCAACCUUCGAAGACAGAUCCUCAACAAAGGCAUCGGCCUGACGACGGGCUCAGACAGUGAGCUAAUCAUGCAGAUCCUAAGCCAACCUCCACCAACUGGAGAGGAGGAAGAUGGUCCAAACUGGCCGGCUCGCAUCAGGCACCUGAUGUCCUUGACACCCACGGCAUAUUCGCUCAUCAUGAUGUACGACGACACCAUCUACGCCGUCAGAGAUCCUUUCGGUAACCGACCACUCAGUAUCGGUGUCCUGGUGCCCCCUAGUGGAAUCAAAGACAAGAGCAAUCCACAGCCGGAGUACGAAGGAUGGGUGGUGUCCUCGGAAUCGUGUGCCUUCAAGUCUGUCAGUGGCGUUCUCUACCGUGAGGUCCUUCCUGGGGAAAUCGUGGAAAUCACGAAGCACGGACCCAAGUCGAUCUGCGUGGUACCUCGGCCGUAUGCUGCGCCGCCUGCCUUCUGCAUUUUCGAGUAUGUUUACUUCGCCAGGCCUGACAGCAUCUUCGAAGGUCAAAUGGUCUACUCCGUCCGGAGAGAAUGUGGCAAGCAGCUGGCCAGGGAAGCUGCCGUGGACGCUGACAUCGUCAGCACCGUCCCCGAGUCUGCCACCCCUGCCGCCCUUGGUUUUGCGGAGAUGACGGGCAUUCCAUACGAGGAGGUGCUGUGCAAGAACCGUUACGUGGGCCGCACCUUCAUCCAGCCCAGCACUCGCCUUCGGCAGCUAGGAGUAGCCAAGAAGUUUGGCCCGUUGUCGGACAAUUUCCACGGCAAGCGCAUCAUCCUCAUCGACGACUCCAUCGUCCGCGGGACCACCGUAGGCAGCAUCAUCAAGUUGCUCAAGGAUGCGGGGGCCAAGGAGGUGCACAUCCGCAUUGCGUCUCCCCCGCUCCACUACCCGUGCUACAUGGGCAUCAACAUCCCUACCAAGGAGGAGCUCAUCGCCAACAAGCUCAAUGCCAAGGAGCUUGCCCAGGCCCUGGGGGCAGCCAGCCUGGUCUACCUCUCCGUCCAGGGGCUCACCACGGCCGUGCAGAAGGGGGUCCAGCGCCAGAACGGGGGCAGCAAGGAGCUCGGCCACUGCACCGCCUGCCUCACUGGCAACUACCCGGUCGCGCUAGAGUGGUAGCACGCCCAAUCCCAGUUUUGAAUUAAAUGCGGUUUUAUUACUUUUUUUA